AUGGCUCAGCCUGAGGCCGGCCAAUUGUCCGAGCAAGUGAUCAAGCAGGUUUGUGCAACCUUGCGGCAGUGGUCACUGGAGGGACCCCCGCGAAACCCGCGACGGACAGCUGGCGAACUGGCCGUGUCCCUGGAGGCUGCGCUGGGCCCGGCGACAGAAACAUCUCUCAAGGAGGAUGGAGUGCAGACAGACCCGGAGAAGAACGAGGCUGGAGAGCUGCGCCAGUUGCUGGGAGAGCUCCGGCUCGAGUACGAGGACCUGAACACCGAGAGUCAACAGCGAGGCGACGAGUUGCUGGCUGUGAAGACUUCGAAGGCAGAUCUUCAGGCAAAGCUUGAGGAAGCAGCGCAGCGACAGGCAGCAUCCGAGGUUGAGCGGGCCGAGGUUUGCCAGCUCCGCCGCCGGGUUACGGCGCUGUCUGCGCAUCUGAGUUCGGUACUGACCCCUGUGAGUGCUGCUUGCCGCACACGGCCGCUGAGCAGCUACAAGGAGUCGGAGCUCGGAACAAGAGCUUUGUCCGUGGAUGGCACUGAGAUCACUGUCGAGGACUCGCUGGGACGAUCGCGAAAGUUCAAAGUCGAUCGGAUCCUGGAUGAUUCGAAGCAAGAGGACCUGUUCCUUGCUGCAGCUCCCUGGGUGGAGCACGCCGCCUCGGGCGGCUCCUCCUGCGUCUUCGCCUACGGUGCCACCGGCUCCGGCAAGACGCACAGCAUUCUGGGAGAGGGCGACGAGACGCGUCCCGGCCUGGCUCACCAUGCCAUCCGUCGCCUCAUCGAGGGGCAGAGCUGUGGCGAAGUUCGCAUCUCGAUGCUCGAGGUCUACUGCGAGCAGAUCCGAGAUCUACUUGGCGCCUCCGAGGGCGGGACGCAGCCGAAGCUUCUUUGCAGCCGCCGGGACGGCGAAGGACGGAUGCUCUUGGACUGCGUGGAGGCCGUGGCCAGCGCUUCGGAUGUCGAUGCCCUGCUGGCGCGUGGCUUCGCCAACCGAGCUACAGAGGGAACUCUUUGCAAUGACAGCUCGUCGCGAUCCCAUGUGGUGCUGACCGUGAAAGCCGUCGAACCCGGCCGUGGACGUCUCGUUUUGGUGGAUUUGGCCGGCUCCGAAAACGUGCAGCGCUCCGGCGCGGACGAGGAUGCCAAGCUCCUGGCAGAGGCCAAGGCCAUCAACCGCAGCUUAAGCGCCCUAGCAGAUGUUGUCGAGGCCACAGCGAAGCAGCAGAACUUCAUCCCAUACCGCAACUCGCGCCUGACCAUGUUGCUCGAGGAGGCCCUGUGCAUGUCCCGCGUCCUUCUCCUCGUCCACAUCAGCCCCUUCGCCCGCGAUGCGACAGACACGGCGCACUCAUUGAACUUUGCCAGCCGCGUUCGGGCGGUGGAUUUCGGUGCGCAGCGCCUUCGACAGGACCAGGAGGAUCGAGCACGCGCAGCCCAGAAUCGCAGUCAACAGGAGGCACGGCUGCUGCAGCAGCAGCUCGAUCAGACGAAGAGGGAGCUCACGGACUCGCAGAAAGUGCAGUCUGAGCUCAAGCAGCAAGUCUCACAUCUCGGGGAGCAGUUGCGAGAGAGGCAGCGCGAGCUCAUGCGCGAGCAGGAGAGGCGCUCCCAGGCGGAGGACUGCGCGCGGGACCUGCGGUUGGCGGGUCGCAGCGAGGCCUUUACCAACGGCUCGCAAGGCCGACCCAUCAGCCCGGUUCCGCGGAGCUUGUCGGCUCCCCGGCUUGGAAACGCAGCGAAGCCGCGGGAGAAAACGCCGGCGGCGAAGGCGACAACAACUGUGGAGCCACGAGGCAUCGCCCCAGCGAAGCAGAGACCCACACCCCAACCCGGUCUGAUGAACCGUGGCUUCCUGGAGGAGGAACCCGAGGUUCUGGACACGGUCUCGCCCUCCAAAGCCCAGACGGGAGACUUGCCCCCGAGGUCCAGGAAGCCAUUUCUGGACCGAACGAACGAGAACGACGCCGAUGUCCUGAACUCAAAGAUGCUCCUGUCGCCCACCAAGGUGGACUUCACAAGCCCAACCAAGAUGAUUAAGGACCUCGGCACCCCCACACGCGGCUCAAUCCUGACGCCGGAAAGGCUAUCCACUCUGAGCCCGUGUGCCAACGUCGAGGUCAACGCUUUGGGUGCUGCGGCUGAAAUGAGAGUGAAGACGAGUCCUCCACGCAAGGCUCUCCAGUACAACAGCGCCCAGGUGCGCUCCGUGCUGAAGAAGAUGCCCACCGAUUUCAAGAGCCGCCUCUUGAAGAAACAGGAGCUUGGGGCGGCCUUCACCACAGGUGACAAGCAUGUGACGUUCGCCGAGCAGGAGCAGACAGCCUGCUCGCCGCCGAGGUGGUAUCUCGACCUGCUCGAGUAUGAGCAGUCCUGCAAGCAGGCUGAUUCGAAGGCCGAGACGGCGCGAAACCCGCGGGGGCGAUCUUUGACCCCCCCACAGCGGCGGCGCACAGAGGUCCAGAUCGAAGGGGCUGGGCCCCGCUGGCGCCACUGA